AUGAUCAUUCCGAUAAAUAUCUCAGCAGCCACUUCGGACGAAUCAAGCACAAAGUUCCCUCCUCAGCUUGCCAAACUCGGUACAGACGAGGUGAUCAUAAUCGAACUGCAAGGCUCUUUCCAUGUUGAGGGUGACCAAUCUGGUCACCUCGCUGCACGACUGAAGUUAGAGAACGUAACCAAGCCAACGUUACUCAUAGGCCACAAUCUUCUCGAAGGCAAGGUCGUCAACCUUUCCAAACCACUGGCAGUGUUAUAUCGGAAGGACCGCAAAGACGACUCUAUGGACAUCGACCAAGAUCCUCUGUCCGGAGAACGGAAAGUGCAGCGAGCAUGCGAAUAUGACAUGCUAGCUGUGGUGAAGCGAAAAGUCUUAUUCUCCAAGCGACCAAUGCCCGUAGUGAACGUAUCGUCUGUCCCGACAGAUAACAGUACAAAGAGCGCGGUUUAA